GAGAAUUCACGUCUAAAAUGGAAGUGGACGAAAUACGGGACAUGCAAGAGCGGAAAUUGAAAAGGAUUCUUGACCUUUUAUCAACUUCAAAGACUAACGUCCAAAAUGACUGCUAUUUGGAGAAAUUACUGCAAAAAAUCAUCGAAUCUGGAAAUGCAAACACUUAUAAAAUCUCCUUCGAAUGGUUCUUGAAUCUCAUCAACUUGUGUGAGGCACACGAAUCACCUCACAACACCGUUGUCUCGUUCGGGAUGAAACUCGCAACAAAUUGCGUAAAAUUCGAUGAUUCUCGUGUCGAACAGCUACUUGACGUCAUGACGCGUUUUUUGCGUGUUAUCAAUACGCAGGAAAAAUUGAGAACGCCUUCAGUGCUGUUCAGUUACAUCGUUUUACUGAAACAAGUGGCGAAGACGGAAUGUGGUUUGAGAUAUCUAAAAGAGACGGGAUUGUGGCAGCAACUUAUUGACUACAAAAGUCCAAAUUACACGAUUUACAUCAACCGGGAGUUGGCUUCGUUUUUCUACGAGAUCAUGAAGGCCUUUGACAAAGCUGACGAGGAAGUUGUGGUAAAGAAUAUUUUGGAAGCGCUUUUGAGUCCGUUGCUGAACGUCAUUUGGAUGGACGAGAAUCACCAUGUUUUUCUUGAUAACCCGGAAACGAAAGAAAUUGUCCUAAAAAUGAUGGACGUUCUCGAGCAAAUUUACUUGAAAGCGAUCGAAGACCCCGAAUUAAGUCACAUUCCGUACUAUUUAUUUAUUGAAAUGCGAAUCGAGAACAAAACAUGGAAAUUGCGCGAUAUUUCGCUACUAGAUGACUUCUCGAUCCGACUGGGACACAUUGCGGCAAUUGCGAAUUUUUGUCGUUACACUUGCAUGAAGAUUCCCGCGCGGGAUACGACAACAAAACCACUGACACUCGAGAAAUUUUGCAUUAAUUUCUACAAUUUUAUCAAUUACGCCUGCGAUCGGCAGUCGGCGGAGACCAUGGUGAAUGUCACAGAUGUCACUACGAGACUUUGGUACAAAGCGGGACCCCGACGUCCCACUCACGAAAUAAUCUCGACGCACAAAUUAAAGUUUGGCGAUCAAUUACUCGUCGUUCAACUGAUGCCAAUGUUGUAUUUAAUACGAACCGAAGCGCCCGAAUUUGAUCCGGACUACAUCGAUGAAUUUUGCAACGAGUUUUUCUUCAUGUGUUGCGAGCAAACGGUGCGCCAUUUGUAUGCCAUGAAGGAAAUUUUGCAUCUAAAUCGGAAAAAUACGACAGAUUUGGCGUGUCGGUCUAUUAGUCGGAUUACGUCGUCGGGCGUGGUGAUCGAUAAACCGCGUGCACUCUUGGCACUUCGUUAUUUUUUGAAAAGUUUGAUCGAAUUCCUGCCCAAAGACUUUGAUAUCGUGCAAAAUAGCACGGCAUACUUGUCGUUUGAUAGUCCGACGUUCCUUUUGGCAAUUCUGACUGGCGUCAAUUCCCUCAUUAAGACAUAUGACAUCACUUGUACGGACCUUCCGUCCACGAAUCUCCAUAAAAUUGGCCUUUAUUUGCUGUGCGUGUGUGGUCUCAAUACGCAACACAAGAUCCAGGUGAUAAAAAUGCUCGAGAAUGCGAUCGUUCGUUUCUCCAGCAACCAAGUGCCUUUGAUGAUUGGCGAUUUGAGUGGUUCGGGCUACGAGCAUCUCGGCUACGUCAUCUACAAAUACAUUCACAGCAACGAUUGGGAUGUCCGAGACAGUAUUUUGGAACUCAUAACCACCAUAAUUGACAUUUCUUGCACGAAAUUCGCCAUUUUGCAAAGUCUCUUUGUGAAACAGGAUUUUUGCGGUGCUAUUUUGACGAUGUCUAAGUCAGAUGCCGAACCCUAUGUGCGUGCUUCAGCCUUAAAAUGCCUCAAAACGAUGUCCCGCGUCAAUAAAUUCGGAACAAUUCUGCAGGAAAUGGACUUGAUUCAACAUUUGUGUGAGCUGGUACGCACGGAAGACGAAGCCAUUGUGCGACGUGAUGCCAUUGAUGUUCUGCGAGACAUUUAUCUUCAUCAAAGGUCACCCAAAAACUUACUGGCAACCAUUUUACCGACGAUGAUUUACUGCGGCGCCGUCGAUUUGCAUUGGGAAGUCCGAAUCAAUGCGCUGCGAUUUUGGGAUCAUCUUCUCGAUCAAUGCUUCACUGCUGAAGGAUAUUCCGAUUAUGGCUUUCCGCCGCAGUGUUUCUCCACAAAGCUCAAGAAAAUCGUCACACUUAACGAGAAUUCCAUUAAAGCUAAGCUCACGACAAUUUUGCAGGAAUUCCAGCAACACGGAGGCUUCGGGGUACUUCUCGCCAAUUUGGAAGAAACCACAGACACGGAAGUCAUGAAAGUUGCCGUUCAAAUAAUUAACAAGCUUAAGAAAAGAUUGGAAAAGUACGAUUUCACGGGAUCUGCUGGAAUGGAAAUCGAGACAAAUAACGAAACUUUACCGAACGCAGAAAUUUUCCAAGUCGAAGCAGGUCCAGCGGUGUCAGAAACAAUACUAGAUUCAGUCGUAGACUCGGACGACAUUAAUUUGCUUGUGAAUGCGCAUCAAAAUGCUCUGAAUAACGAUCGAGAAGGACACCGUUUUGAUAAAACAGAUUUUGAGGCCGUAAUGAAAGUGACAGCAGAUGCAUUCUUGAACGCGAUUAAAGAUAAGGAUUUUGAAUCAAUUAUUGAAUCGAGAGUCAGGGAGACUUAUCAUAUCAUGAAUUUCUCGCAGAGCUCGGCAAACUUUUAG